CAUCGUCGUCAAACUGUCGUCAAAAAAUUAAUCAAUCUAAAUUAAUUCAUUAAAAUAAAUCAUUGCAACAAAACAAGGAAAUAAAUAAAGUGAAAUGUAAUUCAUCACUUCUGUUUAUAAUAAAUUAAAUUUCACUUGAUUUUCUAAUGGUACUUUAAAAGUGUUGUGUUUACUGCCGGAAUAACGUUUCAUCGUCGUAUAAACAUAAGUUGACGUUUUUUUUUUAAACCUUUCUUUUUGUACAAUUAAAAAUUCGUCAAUAUGGUUAGUGAAGAGCAAGAAUCAGAAAUGGAAUUAGCAUCGGAAACAAUUCCAGUUCCACCAGUUGAAAAUAUUAUUGAAGAAUCAAUUGUUGUUGAAGAACAAAAACCAGAAAUUCUUCGUAAAAAACCACGAAAACGUCAUAGAGAAUUACAUGCAUCAAUUUUAAAACAAAUGGAAUUUUACUUCAGUGAUGCAAAUUUAAGCAAAGACAGAUUUUUAGGAAAACUAAUAUUUCAAAAUCCCUGGGUUGAUUUGGAUAUUUUUAUUAAAUUCAAUAAAGUUGCAGCUUUAACAACAGAUGUAAGUAGAAUAGCAAAAGCAUUAAGGGAUUCAACAAUGCUAUCAAUUUCUGAAGAUGGUACUAAAGUUUGUCGAACAACUCCAAUUAAAAAGAAAGAAAAUUCCGAUGAAUGUACAAUUUAUGUGCAAAAAUUACCGCCCGAAGCAGAUCACGAUUGGAUUUCAAAAAUAUUUUCACAAUAUGGAGAAAUUGAUUAUAUUUCAAUUCCAAAAUACAAAAAUAGAGCAAUCAAAGGCUUUGCUUUCGUUGAAUUCAAAACUCCCAAAGAUGUUCUUAAAUGUAUAAAAGCGUUCAAGGCAAAGGGUGGUCUUCUACCUUCAGAAACAACUCCAAAUACUCUUCUCAGUAUAACAACACACGAGAAUUGCGAUGAAGAAAUUGCAAGACAAAUUAUAACAAAAAAAGAAAAUAAAUCAGAAGAAAUAACAAAAGAAGAGAAAAUAAUGGAAAUUGAGAAACAAAAGAAAAAACGUCUCUCAACUGAGGAAACUACAAUGAAUAAUGAUGACGAUGAUGAAAAUUCUCAAGCAACAAAAAAGAAAAAAUACGAAAAUACAGAAAGUGAUCAAUCUGAUUCAUCAGCAUCUGCUCUUAAAGUAGAAAAAGAAUCGAAAAAAAUAAAGAAACAAAAAAUAACUAAUUCUGAUAAUUUAAAUGCGUCUGAUGUAAAUGAUGAUUCAUCAAUUCUUGAAUGUGAUAAAAAGGAAAAAAAGGACAAAAAAUUGAAGCGCAAAGCUUCUGAUGUUGAAUUAAAAAAAUCCGAUCAAGAAAUAGAAAAUAAAUCCGAUACAGAAAUUAUUAUUCCCAAAAAGACGAGAAAAAUUGAUGAAAAUAAUGAUGUGGCUAAUGGAGAAAAAUCUAUCGAAACAAAUGAAGUUCACGUUGAUAGUGAAAUAGUGGAAAAAAAGAAGAAACGAAAACGAAAACGUUCAAAACGAAGAGAUGAAAUUGAAGCACCAGACACGGGACUAGAAAUAAUGGCAAAAAGAGAAUGGAAACGAUUAAGAAAUAAAUAUCUUGAUAUGCAAAAAGCAAAAAUGCAACAAUUGAAGCAACAUUUAAAACGAGCAAUGUGGAAUCAAUGGCAAAAUGCUGAGAAAAUUAAAAUUGAUAAAGACGAAACAAAUAAGAAAAAUGCUGAAAAAAAAGAUGCUCCAAGAUUUAGUUAUUUGCCGGGAUUAAUUGUUCAAAUAGACAUGGAAUCACCAUGCAUUGAUACACAGAAUUUUAAAAUGGAAAUAAAAGGAGGCAGUACAUCCAAUUCCAUAAAAUACGUUGACAUUCGUGAAGGCUCAAACAUUGCAUUCGUCAGAUUUGAUUCAAAUGAAUCAGCAAAAUUAUUUACCCAAAAAAAUAGAGACGACAGACAAAUGACAAUUUUAGAGGGUGACGAGGAAAAAUCAUAUUGGGAUAAAAUGGCAAAGGACAGAAAAGAAAAAAUAGAAAAUAACAUAAGAGUAAAGCAAAGAGGAAGGGACAAACUAUUGAAAAAAGCCGAAAAAGAACUCGGUAAACAUAUAAAAUUUGACGAAGUAUAAAACAAAUAUUUUUAUUUAUUAUGAAAAAAAAAUCAUCGUUAUUACAUAAAUAUAGUUUGUAAAAUUAUGGAAUAAAUCUCGUUUAAUAUUUCACAAAAAA